GUUCCAGGCCAACAUGCAGACGCUGGCGCAGCUGGCCUUGCAGUCUGGGCAAGACAUCUCCGGUGCACUGCCGGUCAUGAGGCAGUCCAACGGCGCGUGGCAGAGCACUUUGUCGGACGUGCAGACCUUGGCCGCCCACCCGAGUCUUAGUUCGCUGCAGACGGGCCUAGACUGCACGCCAGUCUUUGAUGCCUGGCAAGUGGCAACGGACCAG